AUGACACACUACGCAGAACGAUUGAAUCAUCAUGAUCCACUCAACACGUUUGAGAACCAUGCGUAUCCUGAAUCUUUCCGUGAUCUUGAUCUUUUAGCAGAAGACGAAACGUAUGAUCAUCAUCCCAGACAAACUCGAUUCCAUGGAGGAGAUUAUCAUCGAGAUCCACUUUUGUCUCAUCAUGGUGAUUUCGGAAAUAAUCUAGGUUAUCAUCAUUCAGAUGGUUUGAUGAAUGAUUUAGAUUAUCAUGAAAGGUUUGAUCACCCUUCUUCACAUUUGGGAGGUAUAGGCUCACAUCCUCCUUUGACCCGAGAUCAUCUUCAUCAUCAUGAUUUGGAUUUACAUGGAUAUAAUCCUCCAUUAGUCGAUACUUAUUACAAUCGAAUGCAUGAUGUUUUACCUCGUCAUUUACCAUAUUAUGAUCAAGAUGCUUUUAUGGGAUAUGGUGGACUUGGAGGCUCAAGUGGUAUGGGUAUGGAAGGUAUGGGAUAUGGAACUGGAUUAGGAUAUGGUACGGACAUGGGAUACGGAGUGGGUCUAGGGCACGGGGCAAGUUUAGGAUACGGAGCAGGAAUGGGAAUGGGAAUGGGAAGUACGAUUGGAAUGGAUCCAUUUGUCGAUGGUAUCAAUCAUGAUUACGGUUACGGUCGAGUUCCACCUUUAUCAUCUUAUGGACUUUCACCCACUGGAUUUCAACCAUCACAUGGUCCGAUGUUAGAUGACCUUUAUCUAUUCGAACUUAUGUUAAGAUCUGAUCAAUUAUUAUCUGAACGUGAAAGAUUAAAUAGAUGGGAAGAAAGAAUGAGAUGGGAAGAAUUAAAUGAUCUUGAAAGAGAAAACCAAUGGAAACAGAUGAGUUUGAUGAGACGUGCUCAACUUGGACUUGGUGGAGGUUCGUAUUGGGGAUCACAACUUGGUGGAGUACCGAUAGAUCAUUCAUUGGGAUAUCAUAACAUGAUACCAGCAUCUGGUAGAUCUGCAAUUAGCGCAGGCAUCUUAGGUCAACCUCAUUAUGGUCUCUCAUCUGGUCUUGCAACUCGAUAUCCUAUGUGGGGCAUAGGUGGACUAGGUAUGGGUAGAAGGAUCUCAAAUCAUCGUUUAAGACCACGUCAUCUUAUUCGUCAAGCCAAUAUCAGAAGAGAUUAUGCUGAACGCAGAGGUGAAAUUCCACCUAGACCUAGAAUUGUCGGACCUGGAUUGAUGGGUACAGGCGUUCCUGCACAACAUUGUGGUCUUAGAGCUGGCUUAGGUUUAUUGAUGUGCUUUGGUCCAGUCUUUAUCUAUAUCUUCAUCAUAAAAUGUAUAAUAUCGGCAACUUCAAUGUCAUCGCGGGAUCUUUAUCUAAACGCUGAUCCCAAGCACGAGCGUCAUAUUUACAACGUCUCCCAUCAUAAACAGGCGGCUCGCACUGCGAUGCGUGGAGGCGCAGUGUGA